UUCGUGCACGGACCCGAUCGACGAGUAUCGAGGUAUGAAUCGAGAACGUCGCUAUAAAUAGGUUUAGCGUUUCUUAAUAUAUACCAUGUAUAUUUAUAUCCGGACUUAUCUGUGUAGCUACUAAUCGCACAAUCAAUUUGAACGCGGUUUCUGUGGGACAAUACUUUAAUUACGCGAUCACUUUUUGACUGAGAAUAUAUCGUUUCAUGUUCAAUUAUCUAUUAUUAUGGAUACUAAUUAAUCGGCGAAGCUGUUGAGAUAAGUGACAGUUCACUAUUCUCCGUUUAUUCGCCAGUUUUGCCAAUAAUAUGCUUUUUCGCGACGAGAUAUUUUCGAUUGUCGCGUCGAUUACUUUCACGUGGACGGAAGCGGUACAUGCCGGCCGGGCCGCCGGUUGAUCUCGCGGCUACGUUCGUUUCUUCGUGAUUCGGUGCGAUUUUCGUGCACGUGUAUCGCACGUCGUCGUGUGUAAUGUGAUCCGGUUUCGGUUUCGGGAGUGUUCGGAACUCGGAGAUCGACGUUUCGCGUCGCGCGUGAAGACAGCGCCGAGUCUCGCUGGUGCUAGUACUUUAUCACGAUCGCACACAACUUUGAAAUGUGACACCAACGAAUUGCGAGAUUCUAAUAUCGCGAUUGAGAAUGUGCUCCUUCGCGGCUGUUCACUCCUGGAUCGUCUCGUCGACGGCGGACUGCGUUCUCUGCAAAAGAAAGUACGAGAAAGAGGGAGGAAUGAGGAGAUUCACCCGGUGACCUCGUGCCGCGCGCGGUAAUGCUACUGGCAAACGGUACCUCUAUACCGACCAUCGCCGGUGCUGUCGAGGAGGAGGAAGAAUAUGCACGCAGUGAGGCGAAUAGCGCGCAUUACGAUGGAUACGUUACCGAUCACACCGAUCUGGCCUCCGAGAUCGAUAUUGACGAAUCGGAAUAUAGGCGAGAAUUACUCAACGAUAAAUGGCGAAUGCUCUUUGACAAGUUUGAUCCGGAGGGUUUUGGAGAGAUACCACUGGAGGACUUUUUGACAGCCUUAAACAGUCCUGAAUGGAAGGCGGAGAUACCGACGAACAAACGUGAUAUACUUCUGAUCAGAGCGAAAGAGUCGCGUGUUCAGGCAGUGACUUUUCAGGAUUUCGUCAAUGUGAUGAGCGGCAAACGGACAAGAAGUUUCAAGUGCGCUGUGCACCAUCGGGACCGUGAAAUCUGUUCCGAAAACGAUUUCCACCUGCUUGUGCACGAGCCGCCUCUGUUUCACAGGAUGGUCCGCAUGAUCGGCGAUGAAUUCCUCACGGAGGAACGGGACCGAAAGUAUUACGCCGAUCACUACACAUGCUGCCCGCCGCCUCUCUUCAUCAUUCUCAUCACCCUCGUGGAGUUGGGUUUCUUCACAUACUAUACAGUGGCGAUGGGGGAGGUGAAUCCCUCGGGGCCGGUGCCGAUCGACAGUGUUUUCAUUUAUAGGCCGGACAAGCGACUCGAGCUCUGGAGGUUCGCCUUCUAUAUGUUCCUGCACGCUGGGUGGCUUCACCUGCUGUUUAACCUGGGGGUUCAGGUGGUCGUGGGACUUCCCUUGGAAAUGGUGCACGGAAGCCUGAGGAUCGCCGCGGUUUACAUGGCCGGGGUUCUUGCCGGUUCGCUGGGCACGUCGGUGUUCGAUACGGAUGUGUAUCUAGUCGGGGCGAGCGGGGGCGUUUAUGCCCUUUUGGCAGCGCAUCUAGCCAAUGUUCUCCUCAACUAUAAUAAUAUGGAAUUCGGGAUAGUUCGGCUCAUUGGCAUUUUCGUCAUCGCUAGCGCUGAUGUAGGCUUCGCGAUCUACGACAGAUACGCUGCGGAGCAAAUGGGUCCGCCAGUGUCGUACGUCGCCCAUUUGACAGGCGCUCUGGCUGGUCUGACGAUCGGCCUUCUAGUGUUGAAGAACUUUGAGCAACGGCUACACGAGCAGUUACUUUGGUGGGUCGCUCUAGGCGUUUACGCCGCUUGCACGAUCUUCGCGGUCAUGUAUAAUCUGAUGCAUCCAGACUAUCCAUGACGCGAGGUCAGCUUCGCGUACGGCCAGCCGAGGCACACGUAACGCGAAGCUGAUCGCCCAUGGAAAAAAAAGAAGAAGAGACGGAGGAAAAGACAGGAGAAACCUUGUUGAGCGAUGUCGAACGAGAUUGUCAUUGGUGUGUGUAUUACGGAUCUUUCAUAAUGUAUUAGAGCGAGAUGUUUUUUCCGAAGCACCGAAAGCAAGAGGCAUGUAAAAACAAGAGAUGUGCGAUGAAAUCAUCAGCAGUCAUUCUCCUCAUCAGAGAAAACGUGACUUUGAUCGCCCUUCGCGCAAAAAGGAUCGUAAUUUCGUCGUAGUAUAUAUUUUCUUCCGAACCGGCCUGUUCGCGCACGAUACUCGAGAAAAGCGACAGAGCGCCCGUCGGGAAAACUGCGAAAAAUGAGCGAGGAAAUAUAAUUUAGUAUUAAUAGAAAAUUCUAAAAGAUGAGAAGACUGUACGAUUCGAUAGUGGGAACGAUAGGUGACCGGUAAAAGCGAUGUACUUCUGUCAGAAAGACGAAAGAGACGCGAGAGAAGACGAACAUCGAACAAAUGUUUUGCGUUCUUGUUACGUUUUGUCUUCCAUUUUGUUUUCGUGGAAGGAGCGAUCCGCAUCCGCUCCAUAAUCCCGCGGAAGCUUCUUAAGCGCAAUAUCAGACUACUUUAUUAUAGCGAAAUGCGAAUGAUUUUGAAAGCGCGUAGUUAAAAAGAAACAACAUCUAGGUUCGUGUUCUUUUGUCAUCAACAGGACAGGCGAACGUCAUUCUUGCGAAAUGAACAUCCCGAGCUGUUUGCCACAAUAAAAAUGUCUUCGCGUGUUGUUCUAGAGAACGAUAGAACAGCACACGAAAAACAUAUAAAUAUAAUAUACUUCUUCGUCGGUUUCUGAGAAGAGAAAGUCGCGUGAUCGCGUACCUAGUUGUCCGAAUCCGCCGCUUCUCCAUAUAUCUGACAAAAAAAAACCAAAGUACCAAGUUGGAUGACAACGAGACCGGCCAAAAAAAAAAAUCCUUCGACGAGGAAACACUUCUAUUCAAAACGGGGACAAGAAUACGUCGAAGAGAGGAAUUUUCUUUCACGACUUUCGUCGUUCGUUUAUUUUUGUGUAAUGUCGGUCGCUGUCAUCCUUGGAAAAACCAAAGAAUCAUACUCGACUGUGUAGGCAACGCUCGCUACGUUUAUUGUCAUGUUGCUGAAGAAGUUUCUUGCUCAGUGACGAGAGGAAUGAAGGGACAAAGAAAGAGAAAGAGAGAGAUUCGACAACAGCGAAGUAAAGCAGCAGAAGAGACCAGAAAGGGAAGCAGAAAGAUCCCGAGACCUAAUGGAUCCUUCGUGAUCGAUGAAACAAUUGUACAAAUGACCAUGGCGAAGAGUUCAUGAGAGGACCAUGACGGAGAACACGAUGAAACAAAAACCGCGGGACAGUCAAGAGAAUUGGUAACCAUCGACAAGACCUCUCUCGAGACUUUCCUGAAACAUUCGACCCGUGAGACAAUUCGAGGAUGUGGAUGGAACGCAAGAGUGCAGAAUGCGUGAAACUUGACGAUGAAGAGCUUGUGUGUGAUGGGAGAUUUUUUCUAACAUGGGAUGAAAAUAAUCAGUUGUGAAAAAAAUUCUAUGCAGGGCAAAAAGAUUGCUAACUGAUCAUUAAUUUCAAAGUAGUAUGACGAAUAUUUGAAUUAUGAAUAAUUAUAGCUCUCGUAAAAAUAAUAUAUUAGUUAUGAAACUUAAAUAAUAAUUAAUUUAUUUUUUUGUUUGCAUCGUUAUAUCUGCUAAUACCGGUUUGUUGCAAAAACGCGACAAAGUGAAUUUAUUCUGAACUAAAAAAGGCUAUUUUGUGUUUCUCAAAUUUUUAUAAUCAUACUUUGGCCCAUGCGCUUAUACCGUAUUUUCUAUAGACGCUUUGCAAUUGCGUAUUGUCGAGUUUACAUAUUAUCUUCGUCAAAAGAGAAAACAAAAAGAUUAACAAAAUUCACUACUAUUCGAGCAAAUGAGUAUGUUAUAAAUCGAUCACUAUACAAGUACAAAUUCAUUAAAUCAUAAAAUUUAUUUAAACAGCCGUUGCAUUUUUUAUCGUUACAAAUUUUUGAAGAACACGACAAAACCGAAGCGAAAAAUUUAAAAGAAUCUUCAUUUCCGCACUCGCGAAAAUCAAAACCAUCCCGACACGCAUCGCCGUCGAAACUGGUACUGUAUUGUAUAAUCGUUAUAAAGAGAAAUAUACUAUUUAAUAUUAUAGAAAAAUAAUAUUUCCGGAUAAACAUCGGGAACUAUCAAUUAUAUAUAUGUAUAUAAAUGGAACGGCACUUGUGCUUUGAACGUUUCGGCGCGCAUUGCUAUUUGUGUGGUCGUGAUUUUCGCGAGAGCUCGCGAGCUUUCCACCUGAUGGGAUGUAAUAACGCGUAAUGUAACGGCGAUCAAGCCUACGACAAAACAACAACUGGCCGAUCUGUCAGCCCGAUUUCAAUCGCAAGCUGCGCUUUCGAUAGUGGCCGCUCGUUAACGUCCUCGCAAAAUUAUCCCCAUCCCCGACGGCGCAUCUGUUUGCACGCGCGAUCAUUAAUGCGCAUUAAUUGUAUACCAUUGUACAUAUCUGUAUAUAGCAUAGAUACUGUGUAUGUAUUUUGCGUGCGUGUAUGUGUGUGAGCGUGUGUGUAUGUCGAAGCGUUUUAUGCAAGCGAGAUGAAGAUAGAGGAGGCGCGAGACAGAGCAAAGAGGAAGAGCAACAAAAGAAAAAGAAGAAAAAAAAGAGUUAGUUUGAGUCACAGUCUAGUCGUUUCGCGUCAUUGUCUGGUAAGUGUAUGUCUAUACACAUAUAAAUAUAUACAUAUUGUAUUUAAAUGAAAGAGAGGAGCCGCGCACGCGCGCGCGGCGCACAUCUCGGGAGAGCACGCUUAGUGUACAUAGUCACACGCGACAUAUGUUCCUCACUUUUAAUUUAUCAUUGUAUGUUCGGAAUCGGAUCGAAUGAUUGCCGCCCGCGUGACGUGCGAUCUAUAACGAUAAUUGUACCGUCGAUAGCUCGUAUCUCCAGCCGCUACGUUUAGCCUCCACUGCGCUGUCCGAUAGGUCGUCUAGACCGGGCGUAUUUUCACCGCGCAAAGGGGUUUAGCCGUGAACACCCUUGUUUGAUUUCUAUCGAGAGGGAUAUUCUUAUUUGACUCACAACUUUCGCGCUACGUUAAUUAAAUGUGGAUCGGUUACGCGCGCGAAUUUUCUUUUCAGGAUCGUACUAUUAUAUUUAAGUUAUUUUGGAUAGAAUCAUAUAAAUCAGUUAAAAAAUGUAUUUUAUAUAAUAUUUUCGUAAGAGGACAAAUUAAUUUAUUUAUAAAGUUAUAAUUGACAUAUUAAAAUAAUUAUAGUUUACGGAAAUUUUGAUUUAUUCUAUAAUAUAUGGAAAGACUAACUUCGCCCAACAGCUCACGUAGCGCAAAAAAAAACAACAAAAAAAAACAAAAAAAACAAAAAAAAAAUACGAUGAUUGAUAAAGUUCAAAAUCGGAAGCUAAACGCGGUACUGAACGAAGUUGCGAGUACGAGCCAAAGUUUGAACAGCAGUUUGGAUAGUUGCGGUACGUGUCUCUCUAUUAUUUAGUUGAAUAGAUUGUUCGAUUGUCGAGAUAACCCGACGCACUGCCUAUUUUGUAAUACGACUUAGCGCGAGAUGCGCCUUUUAUUUCCUCAGAGUCCGCCGUUAACCCGAUUCGUGCGACAUGAAUUCCGUAAUUAAACGUAAAUGCCCCGUUUUUCUUGGCUACGUUUCUCGCGAAAUGGUAGUAGGGAAAACGCGUUUGACUUCGCGUGUGUGUUCUUGUAUAACAAUUAAUUAGCAAUUAUACUAUUGUAUUCCUAGCGAUGGCGCGCAAACGUAUAUAUAUUCCGCGAAAUUCUAUAUUUAUUUUUCGUAAGAAGAGAGCCAGCUGUCGUCGACGGAUCCCGUGUGUACGAAAACAGUUCUUUCCGAUACUUUUUGAGGUUUUCUCCUCCGGCUUUGGGAAAACCCACGCAAGUGCCACGGGAUGAGAAGCGCAAAAAUCGUCAAUGGAUCGACGACCGAAAAUUAUUUUCCCACGUAUGCAAUUUAGGAUAGCGCAUUUAACGUUUAAAGGGGAGAGAAGGCCGAAAUUCUGCCCGGUGGGUUGGUUCUUCCUUGUUUCGACGGGGAUCAAACUAGUAUAUUAUUAUUUACAUUGCACCGCGAUACGCGUAAUGUAUGUGUGUGUAACAACACUCUAAUACACGAUAUACCAAAUAAUAUAAUAAGAUUUAGUACGAAACACAGUAAUAUAUUAUUAUUAUUUUUAUUAUUAUUACUGUUAAUAUACCAAUGCUAUCGCAUACUUUGAAGAAGAAAUAAUUUUCGAUGUGCUAGCGUGUAUGGCACGGCCUGAAUAUGGUAAAGGUAGACUUUGGAGAGGAAAGUCAAGAGGACGCGAAUCGAGCGCAAGCGAGAGAUCAAACGAGAGUAAUUAACGAUGCUAGUCAAUUAGUACCCGCGAAGGCAGCUAACGCCAGAUCCUAGCUUAAAGUACGACGACUAUCUAACUCGCUUUAAGGCGACGAAAGAAGGUCGAGACCUCCGGUGACGUUAAAGAAGAAGGGUGGCAUGAAAGAAAGAAAGAGAGAAAACGGGAAAAGGAGAAGGUGGCGGCUGAGGGCGUUUAAGAGCUCGAGAAUAUUGAGAGAGCCAGAGGACGUUGAAGAGCGCCCAAAGAUGGUCGCUCAAAGAGUCGAAAAGAGCUUCGAUACCUGGCUGGCUGAAUGACUCAGUCGACAGUGUGCUUGGUAUAAACGCGAAAUGCAAGAGGGAAGCAAAAGUUAUACUCCUAUUAUAAUAUCGCGAGCGCAUGACACAGCAAAUGCGCUCAGAAAAAAAGUUGCGUGCAAGUUGCGAACGAUUUAUCAGGACCGCGAGUGUUUCCGAAUGUAAUCUCAGACAGCGAGAAAUUAUAUUAUUCUUGUUUAUAGGAUCAAAAUCUCGAUAUCUCUGCUUUUGUAGAUUUCACAAGACUAACGCGACAUAUUAACGAAUAAUAAGAGAUUAAUUUGAAGUUAAGUUAUAUAUGUGUUUUUAACAUACAUGAAUACACGCAGAGAAAUAACUCACUUGAUUAACUUGUCGAAUAAAUCGCGCAAAAUGAAUUACGGUUUUCGUUUUCUAUGCGCAUAUUUAUCGUUGAAUCAAUAAAGUCAUUGCUUCUCUCGGUUGUUAUAUGAAUAAAUAUAAAUUAUCAAACGCUGUUGUGUAAUUGCACAUUAUUAAGUUUGUAUCGAUAAAUGGAACGUGAUUUUCGUUACGUACGCCGAGCCUUGUUAAAUGUUUAAUUCGAUUUGUUUCGUAAAUGCGACAACGAUUUGAGUUCUUUUGAAGUGACCCGAACCUUUCAUAAUGCUCGAUCGAUUUGAGCUUCCAUUAAUUACCAUCGUUGUUGACGAUAAUUUAUGCAUCGAUAAAAUUCGGAGCGAAAAAGAGCCGCGUUUUCCCCAGGAAAAUCGAACAGGUGUCGAUCCGCUGGCUAUUAACAUACCGGCAAUGAAAUGCAUAAUUUAAGGACUUUAUACAACAUUUAUGACGUAUGAUUUCCAUUUUAUUAAUCUACUGUCGGGUUAAAUAAUGACGCCAAAGAGCACGCGCGACGCAUAAUUAUUUACAUACCCUCGUAACUCGGACAUGCGAAUAAAUUAUACGUCUGAAAUCCCUCGCGUAAACGGCCCGCAAAAUAUAUACCUAAAUGUCGAGAUGAUACUUCGUCGAUUAUACAUCUGACCUAGUGUGGAUGAAAUCGCGCAAAGAGAUGUGUGUGCGUUCGCGAAUGUGUGCGUGAAUGAUCCUAUUACAUACGGAUUACCGUUACACUGACACUGCUGCGCCGUCGUGUUGCUAGCGAGAGAAAAUUCAUCCCGAAUUUUUUUCCAGCGUCCAAGCAUAUUGGACCUCCCGCUUUUCCCGUUCUCAUCGUGAACAUGAUCAAUGGCAAAUGUCAAAGUAGUUUCGGGAUCAAAUUUUCUUAUCAACACGCAUCUCUCACCCUCUUCCGAAAGCGUCAUCGGAUUUCCGGUCCGGAUAUCCAAUGAGCGAAACCAAAAAAAAAAAAAAAAAAAAAAAACUU